UGUUAUUAGCUCUCCAGUCCAUGGACGAGCUCGCUUAACGCUCUUCAUUCCACUUCGCUCUCCUCAUUAUCUCUCCUGCUUCCUCUCUUCUGGUGGCAGACUGCGUGGAUCUCUCCUCCCUGGCUCGGAUCCAAGUGCUCUUCGUCGGAUCACACCCUACGUCUCCAAGAAGUUGUGCAACUUCCAUGGUUAGGUGUGCAACUUCUUCAACUUGACAAGUAAUCAAAUGGCAACUGAUGUUGAUCAAGCCUACCGAGAUUGGUCACAGGUGGAAUUGCCUGAAGGAGAUGAGUCUCAUGAACCCUCAGUGUCUCAAAUGCUUGAACACGGUUCCAUUUCUUUUGGAAGAUUUCCAAUUGAAUCAUUGUCAUGGGAAAGGAAGUCAGUGUUUGUUCACAACAGGUGUCAGGAGGAGCUGGAGAAGUUCAAUGGGUUAGUUGCCAAAAAGAAGGCAUAUUUUGAAGAGCGCUAUAGAAGGAUUCGAGCUAUGAAGGCUCAACAGAAUGCCCAACAGAAUCAACAAACAGAACUCACAUUGGAUUAUAGUGGUGAUGGCAGUAUUUCUAGCCAAAGUGGAGAAGAAGAUGGAUCAGCUUCACUAGAUGAAAGUGCCAGAGAUGCCGCAGCAAACACUGGUCAAUCUUCAGAAGAAGUGAAACCUGGUCCAAGCUUUGAACAGGAAAUUAACUGGAAUAGACCUCAACAAGGAUGCUUGGAUCCAGAAUCCAUAUUUCAAAAUCCUACUUCUUCAAGAGGAAUUUUGCAAGAAACUGAGCCAGAUAAAACCUCUAUUGACACUGUGCUGGUGCAACCAUUGGAAACAGAAUCCUCAUUGCCACUUACAGGAGAUGUGGAGAUUGUGUCAAAUUGUAGCAGCAAUCUUGACAAUGAAGAGACCUUGCAGAAACAUAAGAACCUCGUGUCAAAUUUUGAGUCUAGAAGUGUUAUACAAGAGACAGCAUCUGGUGCUACCAAAACAAAGUCUUGUCAGUUGCAGUCAAGGAAAUAUUUGGAUAAUAAAUCACUUCCUAAUGUUAAGGAUCCUGCUGCAGUUAGACAUGGUCAAAAUGUGAUGGGGGAAACUAAGUUAAAUGUGGUUCGGCCAUCAAAGGUACUAAAAAAUCCAUCACAAAAGACGGCCAAUCGAACUCAAUGCAAGAGUACAGCUAGUAGAAUAGAAAGCAAUGCUAGGACUGCCAUGAUUGCUUCAAAAGCACCACUUACAGAAGCCUGCUCUAAUAUCACCAGCCCAGGUCCAUUUACUCUUGUAAUGGAAAGAAGAGCAAACAGUAGAGGAAGUGCAGCAAAGCUGGACCCUGGAAGUUUAAACAAGUCAGCAUCAUCACUAAGUCAUGCUAAGGGUGGUUUAAGUGGACAGAAUAUGUUGAGGAAAAUGUCUGCAACCAGUGAAAUAACUAGCAGAAGAGGAGCAGAAAUUAAAAGGGACUUAAAAGAAGUAAAAAAGAAGCCUUUGGCUGUGGACAGUCGGUAUGCAAGCUCCAAAAUAACUGAGUCACAUGUUGGGCCACCCAAGUCAAGGUCUGUUAACCUUCCUGCUAUGAACAAAUCAACAUGUAAUGGUGGAACGGAGCACAAAAUUGCAACUGCCAAAGGAACCAAUGAAAAUGAGGAUAUCUCCUGUGGUUUCUGGGUCCAUCUAGCUUUAGCAAUAAAGAGUGGUGGGACUCUGGAUUAUCCAGUAGCAUGAUGGGAGCUAUAAACCAGAUGGCUAUGCAAAUGGUCAGUAUUUAAUAGUCAAUAUGCAGUUAAAUAGAUGAUUGCAUGUCAAAUGUGAAUGGUGAUGCAAGAUUGUGAGAGAAUCACAGGGUAACUUUGGAGUCUUGUGAGUGGUGUCAAUUGCUCGAGUAAAGGAAAAAAAAUUAGUAAAUGCUUAUAUUGGUAUUGUAAGUAUUUGAUUAUAAUUAUAUUAAAUUACCAUAUUGAUGCAUGCCUUAAUCUGCUCGGAUAUAAGUAUUUUGGAGUUGUUCUAUGCCCUGCACCUACGAUAUCUGCUAUGUGGCUUGGAUAUUCAUUUCUUUUGUACUGGAAUAUGGAUAGGGAAAAGGCUUGCAGAAAUUCCUUAACAAGUAAUUUGUUGCGUAUUUUUGUUUUGGUUCCUAUUUACUUUUUUCUGCUCUUGAUCAUGACUGUUAACACUGUAAGAAUCUUGAAAUAGUAGUUCUGUUUCAAUAUCUGCUUCAAGUUAUUCUUCGUAUUAAAAUGGAAGUGUCUACAGGUUUAAAACGUACAUCAACAUGCUCAAGUCCUUUCCUGUGGAGUACUAACUUUUGCUGUGAUUCCAGUGGGAUAAAACAUUUCAUUGUCCACAUGUCUAGAGACAUUGCAUAUAUGCAAGAUAUUUAAUAAAUGCAUUCUGCCAGCCGGCAUGGAGGGCCUACUGGCCAAAAUGGCACUGUGAUACGCAGCCAUGUCCUGUGCCAUAAAGUGACUCACUAUUUAUGAGCAUGUUAAAGUGAUAGCACUUACAUGUACUGUGCCAUGAAGUGGCAAUUAUUGUUUGUGAGCAUGUUAAAAUAAUAGGAUUGCCAUGUACCAUGUCAUGAAGUGACAAUCACUAUUUGUGAGCAUGUUAAGAUGCUCAACAUUUCACUGGAAACUUGUAACCAAACUUAAGUGCUUUUAAGAGUAUAAUAAUUGAAGCCUUUGGAAGUGAACUUUUCAUAAAACAUGCAUUUCUUUUACAUAAUGUACAAAUCGAUUAUGAUGAAUCUCAUUGAAAUAUC